AUGGAUCUUCCACAAUUAGAUAUAACACAUGAAGAUAUACUGAGAGUCAAAGGCCUGCUAGAUCAAGUACAAAGUAACCAGGAGGCCUCAGCUUCUCUACUUUAUAUUCAGUGUUUUGAAUUUCUAAAAUUGGCGAACUUAUCAGAUCAAAUCCCACGAAUUGUUGUUAUUGGACAACAGAGCAUGGGGAAAACAACAUUACUGGACUCUUUAAUUGGCUAUCCACUGGGCUAUUCUUCAAGUGACAUUGGGACGUGUUGCCCAAUUAUAUUCCAUAUUUAUGCAAAGUCUCCAAGAAGUGCACUAAAUUCACCAAUUUCAUGUCAUACAGAUUCUACAUCGAGCAGUGAUAUAGAUAAAUUGGCACUUAAUGUAGAAACAAUCGAUUGCAUUAUUGAUGAUGAAAUAAUUGAAUUUGAUAGUCUCCCAGAAAUUAUUGCGAAAAAGACAUUGGAAAAAAAUGGAGUGAUAGAUUCAAAUGAAAUUAAUAUUAAAAUAAAAUCAGAAAAAUCUGUAAAUAUGAUCCUAGUAGAUCUACCCGGACUAAAGGAGAAUACAAGAGAAGGAGCAGCACUAACUCAGCAAAUUGUAAGAGAGUAUGUGAAUAAGCAUCCUAAUGAUAUAUAUAUAUUGGUUAAACGAUCUUUAGAUGAUCCUGCUAAUUGGUCAUGGAAACAGAAAGAAUUUAUUCUAAAUGAUCUCGGACUUGGGUGUGAUCAAACUAUCACUGUAGGAACAAAAGGAUUGGAGUAUGCAACAGAAGAGAUAAAGGAAAUAUCAACUGCAGAAGAACUUAUAGAAAGAAUUGAGAAGAGAAAAAUUGGAUAUAAUAACGAUAAAUGGAAUUCAUUACCACUUUAUAUAUUGGAAUUUUUUAGCUUAAGUAAAGAAGAGAGAAGUUUAAAGAAUAUGAAAUUAAGAAGAGAAGCAAUGUAUAGAAAUAUGAAUGAUGGGAAUAUUAAACUUCAGGCUAUUUUGAGUGAACUUUGUAAUAAUACAGAUCCUUUGACAAAGCAAGCUGUUUUUAAUUACUUUUCUUAUGAUCUUUUUCAAAGGGAAAUAAAUUUGAAGUUUGUAAAAAUUUUUCUGAGACAACUAGAUUUGUUGGAAUCUAUGUUUAAAAAGUACUUAAAUUCAAUGCAAGUUAAUGAGAGUACUCACUUUACUAAUGAUAACGUGGCGAAUUUUAGUUUUUUAUGGAAGGAAAAUAUUCAAUUUACUGUAAGAUGCUUUAUUGAAAUUGUAAAUGAGAUAGUCACCGGGAAUUUUAAUAUUUUUGAGUAUGACGGUGACAAAUUUUUGGAGGAAUAUGGUGGUAAACUAUGGGAUAAUUUAAAGGAUGGUUCUGACAUGGCAUCCAAAUUGUUUCAUAAUUCAUAUAAGAUUUCCUUUUUAAAAGAAUUAGAUUCAGAUUUGAGGGGACGUGAGUGUUGGGUAAGACAUAAAAAGUCUUCAAAUAUACUUGGUAGAACUUUCAUUAUAAGUGAUCCUCGAUUUAGCAGUAAAAAGGAGACUUUUGAUGUAGAAUUUUUAUACCAAAAAAAGAGUGGAGAAAUUAGUUUCCACAAAAAAAACAUACCAAAUGAGCAACUAAUCCCUCUAAGUAAAAUAAAAGCUUCUUUGGCCAAUGUAAAUAAACAGUAUUGGUAUUCUGAUGUUAGGUCAGACAAUUGGAUCGGACUUAAAGAGGUAAAUAUAAAAAAUAUAGAUGAUGAAAUUUUUGUAGUUAUUGAUGGUGCUGAAAAGAUUAUUGAAACAUCAAGUAAUCUAUAUUUAGAUAUUACAUGGAAUGAAGUUUACUCUGGGGACUUUGAUAGUAGGGAAAGAGAUCAGAAUGAUAACAUACAGUAUACAGCUUAUAAGUCACUAUAUAACUUAUUAAUAUUAAAUGAAAUGUCAUUUACUGCAAUUUUUAGAUGGUUUAAAGAUGAACUAUCAGCCAUGAAACCAUAUCAAUGUUUCAGUAAGCAGACACUUUGUCAAAUGCUGAGAAGUGUUUCAAAUGUAAUUGAUAUGACACAAUGGCAGCCAUUGGUUGUUGAUAUUUUACAGCUUAAUAUAUACAAACAAAUAAUUCCACUAAUUAAUCUUGUUAGCUGUAGCUCAGCAGUUGCACUAAAGAGAGUAAUGAUUGCUGCAAUUCAUGUACUAAAGCGAGAAGCAAGAGAUGAUAUUGCAAUGAGUAUGUUAUUUAAAUCACCUAUAUUUGGUAUAGAAUUUGAAACAGCAAUUGAUGAAUAUUGCACAGAAAAAGCAAAAUUGUGCUCCAGUGCAAUGUGUGACUUAAUUUUGGAGCAAACAUAUGCUAUAAACAUUGAUUCAAAUCAAAAUGAGACUCAGUAUCUCAAUUCAGGAAGUAUUUAUGAUUUUGCUGCUAGGAAAUUUGCAGAAUUAACCCAGUUAUUAAUAGCUCCAUUAAAUACAAAGCUUUACUUACACUUUGUUCAUGAUGUAAAGGAAGUGAGGAUUAGGCAUAAUAAAGUGCCUAAUGUAGAACAAUUUUUGUGUCAAAAGUUGUUAUCAAGUACUAAUAGUCAUGAAGAAUUGGAAAAAAAGUUUAACCUUAGCACUAUAGUGAAAGAAAAUAAAGAACAGUACACAAAGCAACAGUUUAUAAGAAAGUAUUGUAGCUGUGCUCUUAAGAUUAUAAAAUUGGUUAAAUUAAAGUUUAAGGAGGAACAAAUAACCCAGUAA